CUCUCACUCUCUAUCUGCCCCUCUCCUCGCCUCCACCAGCCAACAAACAGGCUCUGUCUGCACUGACCAUGGCCAGUGUUCACCAAGGGGAGAAGCAGCUUUUCGAAAAGUUCUGGAGGGGAACAUUCAAGGCAGUGGCCAGCCCCAGACAGGAGAGUAUCAUUGUUGCCAGCAUCACCGCCAGGAAGACCCUGAGCAAUGACACAUCGAGCUACCAGUCGUACAGAGAACCGAGAACCGAUGAACAGAGAACCGAGAAGCCGAGUGCAAUAUUGGCAACCACAGGUAUCAAUGGAUACAGCAAGGCCAAGGAAAAUAGACAUCAAAACCACCACAGAGUAUGCAGAUCCUGCCAUUCCGCUCGCUCUCCUCUGCCUCCGUCCAGAGGGAAGAAGAAGAAAAAGAAAUCAGAGCACAAGAGAAAGCGGUCGCCUUCUUAUAGCCCGGCCCCGGCGAGAAAGAAGAAAAAGAAAAGCUCUAAAAAGCACAAACGAAACAGGUCAGACUCAGCCUCCACGAAGAAACGACGACACAGCUCUGCGAGUCCACGAAGGAAAAGGAAAGAAGAGAAAAGACAUCGGAGACGAUCUUGGAGUGGGUCACCUUCACGCAAAGCACACAGAGGGCGACGCUCCAUCACAAGGAGCUCAGGCUCCAGCUGUUCCAGCAGCAAUGAAGGCCGGUCAGGACCGGGGAGAGACUUACGUGGCAGGUCGAGAAGCAGCAGCCCCAGAGUUUGCUCCAAGGCCAACGACAAGCAGGUCGUCUAUGGCAAAGGUCGUGCCUCUUCAGCUGGGUCACCGUGUAAAAGCCCCCGGAAUAAACCCGGCAAAUCCGCUGACAAAAUAGUAUGGAAGGCUCAGGACGAAGCUUUGACGAAGGAUUACGACUCGGGCAAUGACACCUCCUCGCCCCCCUCGGCCAAAGCGGCGGCCGUCAGAUCGCAAGCUGCGGGGGAGGCCAAGUCGCAGCAGCCGUCCCAAGGGACCCCCUCCCCAGAGAAACUGAAGUUCAGUGACCUUGAGCAUGGCUCAGAUUCCGGGAACUCCGUAACCAGCUACCCGUCUCCGUGCAAAGGGGCGCCUUCUCCGCCUAAUGCGUCGCCCGCUUACCAACUGGACAAGGGCGUCAGUCGAGAGUUACCGUCGACCCACGACUGGUGCGCCACAAGCGACGAGAGGAAGAGAAGCCUCUCUCCCUCCCCGGGCAGACAUCGCUCCAGGAGUGACUCCCGGAGCACAGGGCACCCCACCACUUCCCGGAGCUCCAGCCGUUCCUCCCGCUCCCGCUCUCCCGCGUACACCCCCACCACCAAAUAUUCCCGAAGCAGAUCGCACUCGUCAGGAAAAAGGUCUUCAUCCCGAUCCUCAAGUUAUUCCCCGAAGUCCAGGAGGAGAAGCUCAGGAAUCAGGAGCUCACGAUCCCGUCGGAGUCCUAGCUACUCCAGAUACAGCCCUCAGAGGGACCACGACCGGGAACGUAAAAAGUACAGCUCGAGGGAGUCCAGGCGUCGGCGCUCUCGAUCUUACUCUCCGAUGAGGAAGCGCAGGAGAGAUUCUCCCAGUCAUUUGGAGCCUCGUAGGAUCACCAGUGCUCGCAAACGCCCCAUCCCGUACUACAGACCCAGCCCUCUGUCGUUCAGCAGCGUGAGCAGCUACUCCUCCUGGUACAGCGGCCGGAGCUGGAGUCGCAGCCGGAGCCGAAGCCGGAGCAAGAGCAGGACUAUGAACGACGCAGUUGCCAUAGGCAACGAGCAUUGUUGGAGACUGGAACAGAAACUGCAGGUCUGGUUAUAG